UGUGUAUUACGACAUAUGGACGUCUGUCAAGCUCACAGAAUAUGCUUUCAGAGGAAAUUGGAUAUCUGGCAUUUUAAAGUCCCUUUAUGGAUGGCAUAUCUAUUGCUCCUGUUCUGUGGCCUCGCCUAUUCCUGUGGAAGUGCAGAAUAUGAAAUUAAUGGAGAGUGCUGUCCAAUGUGCACACCUGGGACACGUGUUUAUAAGCACUGCACAGAGUACACUAGCACCUCCUGUAUACCGUGCAUUCAAAAGUCAUUCAUCCCCGUGCCCAACGGUCUGCCUCAUUGUUUGUCUUGUACAGUGUGUGAGCCAGACUUGGGUUUAAAAACAGAGAGAGAGUGCACCCCCACCUCUGACACAGUGUGUGGGCCUCUGGAUCACCACUACUGCACUAAGACUGAUGAUAAGGGGUGCAGCUUUGCGCAGAAACACACCAUCUGCGGGCCUGGACAGUUCAUCAUACACAAACGGUUGGAUUGCAUUAAUAUCUUGAAGGGACAGUUGGGUUUCUUAAAAUAGAUUCCAGGGUUAGUGUAUGUUUUUGAUUGGUGGAUGCCCCUACAAUGUGGGUCACCCUGAGGAAGUAGAUAUAUUUUUCACAAUACUGGCAGAUCACCAAAAACUUCUGUAGGCAUCAUAUAGAGUAUCCUUCAUCGCAGACAUAAGUUAUCUGGGCCAAUUAGGAACAUACACUAAAACUGAAAUAGUAUCAGACAACUCCACAAGUGAACUAUUUCUUUUUUAUCCGUGUCUGUUUAGUAAAAUUAACUCACUUAGCUGCACAGUCUAUGUUUCUGAAAACAUUUUUUAAGAUUUUUAAUGUCUUGACAUACCUUCCAAUAUA